AUGACUAAUUAGCCAACUGUUUAUGAAUAAUAGAUGAUAAGAGAUUAAGGUGAAGAUUUCAGAAUAAGAGUCAAAUCAGCAAUAAAGAAAUUUGAUUCAAUUGCUAACUUUCUUAAAUUAUCUAUGAGAAAAAUCAUCAAAGAAAUGGUUAAAGAAUUGUUGUCAGUUGAAGAUGAUGAAACUUUAGUUAACAAUUUUUAUUUUGUAUAAUACAACAAUUUAUACAAUAGAAAUAUUUUACAAGAUAUGAAGACUAGCAUUUUAGAUUUAUGAUGCAAAGUUUAAAUUUCAUAUUUGAUUAAGAGACUCAUUUUGAUUUUAAUGAUGAUCUCAAUUAUAAAUAUAUUGCUAUUAUUUAUACAGAACAAAUUAGAAAUUACCUUAAGGAUUAGAAUGAUAAAGGAUUAAUAAGGUUAUGGAACAAAUUAAAUUUGUUAAAAAAACAAAAAGAAACUGAUGAAGUUGAAGAAGGAUUUUGGGAUGGAUUGGACACUGAAAAUUGUAGUUCAUAAUCAAAGAAUAAAAAAUUUGGAAAAAAUGUAAAUCAAUAUUACUAUAUAUAUAUAGAAUAUAAAUGAAAAUGAAAAUGAAUUUUGUCAUACUAGAAAAGAAAUGCAAUUAAAGGAUUUAUUAAUUUAAUCAUUGUAAACUAAACUAUUCUAGAGAGAAUAAAAUUUAGUUUAAACAACAUAAGGUUAUCUUAAGGAGUUAUAAUCUUUAAGAGAAUAAUUAUUUCGAAAAGAUUAAGCUCUAAUUUUACCAGAUGAACCCUUUGAAGUUACUUUUAUGGAUUUUACAGAAGUUCUUGAUCCAAAUAUAAAGAAAUUAUUUACAACUCAUAUAAUUGAUCUUAAAUUCUAAUUUAAUAAUAGGAUAAUAGAUUACAUCAAAUUAAUGUAUAAUUAUUUAUUAUUAUAAGAUAGUCUCAAAAAGAAGAAAUUAAAAAUUAUAAAUUAUAAAUCUAAAAAUUGAAUUAACAAUUAAAUAAUGUUGAUGGACCAUCUGAACUUUUAAAAAAGCUUUUUGCUAUUGAUAAUAAUCCAUAUAGAAUUUGGAAAUAUAUUGCAGAUUUAAAAGGAAAUCAUUUUUUCAAAGAAGUAUUUGAACAAUAAAAAGCUGUAUAUGGUAUAAAUUAUCAAGAACUAAAUAAAUUAUUAAUGACAAAUAAAGCUUUUGAAAGAGAGUAUCAAACUUAUAAGGAAUAAAUUUUAUAAGAAUAAUUAGUGUUUUUUGAAAGAGUUCAAUAAGAAAUAGAAGAAAUCAAGAAAAAAUAUGUUAGACUUGAAUAAGAGAAGAUUUAAAUUGAAAAUUAAAAAGCACUUGAAAAAUAAUAAUAUCUUUAAUUAGCAGCUUAGUAUUAUGAUGAAAAGAUAAAAUUAGAAUUAGAAGUUCUUAAUGAUUUCAAGUAACAAGAAUUAUAAGCAAUUAAUCAAUAAACUACUUAAAUUGAUAAGAUAAAAAUUAAAUUUGCAUUUAAGUUAUGGCUUACAAUGAGUAAAGUUCAUAAAAAUGAAGAAAUAAUGAAAAUUUUAAAGGAAAAUGAAUAUUUUGAUGAAAAAUUAAAAAGUUUUCAAUUAAAAAAUUAAGAAUUAUCUCAAUUAUUAAUAAUUGAAAAGAAAGCAAAUACUAAUUUAAUAGCUAAAUCUACACUUUUGGAAUUAGAUAUAGAAAAAUAAAAGAAAGAGUUAAUUCAUUAUAAAUGUAAUUUUAUUAAAAUAUUAUCAUUAUAGUUGUUUUUGAUGAUUAGCAAUACUAAAAUUAAGAAUUGUAGGAAAAAUUAAAUCAGAAAGAAAAGGAGUAUUAAUUACUGAACUCAUUCUCUUAGAAAAUUCUAAGAUUAAUUGAUUCAAGAUUAGCUAAUGUAAAAUUAAUAAUAUAUAUAGUUAAAACCAUAAGAUAUAAAUUUAGAUGAUAAAUCAAAAGAAGUAGUUAAAAGUAUUAUGAACUCAAUAAAAUAAUUAAAUAUUAAAUCUUUAAGAUCAAUUGAAGAAAUAAAGUAAUAAGGAUCAUUGAAUUUAGAAGUUUAUGUAUAAUUUAUUAUUGAUUUUAAGCAAACUCUUACAUAAUAGCUAAAAAAGCAUUAAGAAACAUAAACUGAAGUUAUACUCCCUUAAUAAAAAUAAAAAACAAAAGUAACAGAAUCAUCAGAUGAAAUCAAUAAAAAGCCAUAUCUUAUAUAAAAAUCAUAAAAUAGUUAAGCUGAUGAACAACUUUUAUAAUCAGAUGAGAUUGUUAAAAAAAAUGAUUAAUAAACUAAACCUAAAUUAAUCAUCAAUUAACAUCCUGAUAGUUAAGAAGAAAUGAAAUAAUAAAAAGAAUUAGAAGAAUAAUCAACUAAAAUAUCACCUUUAAAAGUAUUGUAAAAUUUUGAUUAUAAAAAUGUUAUUCCUUAAAAAAAAUAAUCUCCUGAUAAAACAAUAAAAAAAUUUUAAGAAUAUUAAGAGUAUUAAUCUGAUUAAGUGAUUUAACUAUUAGAAGUAAGUGAAUAAGUAGAACAUGAAUAGACUCAACGUCUAAAUAAAAAUUAAUAAAAAGGUGAAUAAUCAAGCUCAUAAAAUUAAAAAUAAAAUAAAAAUAGAAAAAACUGUUUUACUAGUUAAUAAUAGAAAAGGAGAGAUGAUCCAAAUUAAUAAAAUUUAAUAUCAUCAACAAGAAAUAGCAGAUCAUUUAGGGUUAGAGGAAAUUCUUAAAAUAACAAUUAUUCUAUACCAGUUGUUCAUGAAAAAUUAUAUGCAGAUAGCUAAGAAAAAUAGGAAAGAAUUAAAAAUUUAAAGGAAAAUCUUGAACUUUUAGAAAAAAAUCAUUGGGAUAAAAUUUUGGAUUUAUUUAGUUAAUAACCAUCUGGUAAUUAUAUUUUGAAUAAAUGCAUUCCAUCUAAAAUUAAUGAAUCAUAAUUUUAGUUUCUUGAAACUUCAACUUAUUUUUCUCAAUAACAUAAAAAAUACUACAAUUAAACAAAAAGCAAAACUCCAAAUAGAGAGAAAUUUAAAUCAUGGAUUAUGAAACAAACAGGAUGUAUAGAUAGAAUGUUUGAUACUUUAAAUAACUUAUAAAAGCCAAAUUAAGAUUCAAUCAAUCAAACAGAUUCGAUUAUCAAUUCUUCUACAUUAUUACCAAAUCACAUUUUUGCUUUUAAAAAGAAAACUUGA